UUUAAAUCAGAAGUAUCUAAAGCGAAAUUGCUUGAAAAAUUUACCGCCUCAGUUCGUGAUCUUCUAAGCUCCGGCCUUGGCAUUAGUUCUGAGCAGGUUUUUGCAUCCACCAAUGUACUGAGACGUCUAACUUCUCCGAUUAAUGGCACUGGUGACUUAGCAUUUUCUGAUCCUCUGGAGGUGGCUGCAUUUUCCGUUAAGGAAUGCGUAGCUGAGGCCUCUAUUUCUAUAACUGGACUGAACUCUACUGCACUAGUCUGUUCCGGUUCUUGGUUUCCAUUGCCACAAGCGUCGAGAAUGGGAGAUGUCGUCAGUUUAGCUUCUUUGGAUGAGGAUAAUAAAGGAUUCGGCGAAGCCAAAGACUCUGAUGAUGAUGAUUGCGACAAGGAUGAGUCAAGCAUGCAGGAAGGAAUUGCAGGAAGGCUAUCAGUAUCGACCAAUACUUCAUAUGGUACCAUUGGUGCUUGA